AACACUUAAUAAUUUUCACCAAUUGCCAUCAGUCCAACUUAGUGCCUCCCACUCUCACUCUCUCUUCUUCCCCUCCCUCCCUCUCUCUCUCUCUCUCUCUCCUCCAACACAAACACAGAAUUGAAAAACAGUUCCUCAGCUUUCUCUCUCUAUUUUUUAUAUAAUUUAUUUUGUAUACAUUUCUAAUCUGCGCUUCCAUAACAGAAUAUAACAGGAUUCAAUAACACCAACAUCUCCCUCUUUUUCUUUCUUAUAUUUUGUUCCUAAACUGUACCCUUUUAUAACAUAAGAAAAUAAAACCCAAAAAUAAUCACACCCACAAGGUACCAUUUGGUACCAAUCUCUCUCCCUCUCCCUGUGUCUCACUUUCCUCUCCAUAGUCUCCAGAACCCAAAAUCCCAAACCUUCUUCAUCCAAAAUCAACAAAAGGGCAAACAAAGUUUCUAUUUUUUCCACAACCCAAAAUCCCAAACUUCAAAAAUUAACGAAGGGGUACAAACUAUUAUUGUAAUUUUUGCUAAUUUUCCACUCUAGAUGGGUGCUGCUGCUAAGACUGCUUGUGCUCUGAUAUUCAUAACCGUUCUAAACGGCGCCGUUUUCCGGCCCACCUCAUCAGAUCCAAGCGACGAGGCUUGCCUGACCCACCUAAGCCAAUCCAUACAAGACGCAACAAAGUCCCUCCAGAACUGGACCAAAACCACCUUCGCAAACCCAUGUAGCGGCUUCACCUCCUACCUCCAAGGCGCCACCUGCAACAAUGGCAGAAUCUACAAGCUCUCCCUCACGAACCUCGCUCUGCGCGGCUCAAUCUCGCCGUUUUUGGCCAACUGCACCAACCUCCAAGCCCUCGACCUCUCCUCCAACUUCCUCACCGGCCCAAUCCCAUCGGACCUCCAGUACUUGGUCAACCUCGCCGUCCUGAACCUCUCCUCCAAUCGGUUGCAGGGCCCAAUCCCGCCGCAGCUCACAUUGUGCGCCUAUCUCAACGUCAUCGAUCUCCACGACAACUUACUCACCGGAACGAUCCCUCAGCAAUUGGGCCUUCUUGUCCGGCUUUCGGCUUUCGACGUCUCAAACAACAAGCUUUCGGGGCCGAUACCGGUUUCUUUGGGAAAUCGGAGUGGGAAUUUGCCGAGGUUUAAUGCCACGUCGUUCGAUGGCAACAAGGAGCUUUAUGGGUACCCUUUGGCCCCUCUGAAAAGCAAAGGGCUUUCGGUUUUGGCCAUUGUUGGGAUCGGAUUGGGAAGUGGGUUUGCGAGUUUGGUGCUUAGUUUCACUGGUGUGUGCAUAUGGUUGAAAAUUACAGAGCGCAAGAUGGCUCUUGAAGAGGGCAAGGUCAGCCACCUCAUGCCUGAUUAUUGAGAGACAAGAGCCUAAUCUAAUCCCCCAAUUAUAAGCUUGAGCUAAAAUUUCAGGUAUUUUUGGAAUUUUUAUUAUUGAGAGCUUGAGAUUUCAGUCCAAGGUGGGCAGUAUUGUGCUUUUGGAAUUUUUGGCUGUCUUUUACUGAUGAGGGAACUUUUGUUUCUUAUUUUCUUUUUUGGGUUUAGUUUGGUUUUUCUCUUAACCAUUUUGGGGGUCUUUUCUUUCUUUUUUAUGCUUUUGAUUCUCUCUAUAACUUUCUCAUCAAUCCAACAAUGUAUAAAAACCCAAUUCAACAAAAACACCAUGUUUCAGUUUCAGUCAAUCAAAUAGUGCAGCAGCAGCCUCUAUUAUUUUUCUUCCCUUUCAAGUCUCAAUGGUGUAUAAUUGUAACUGAUAUAUAAUGCAUUUUUCUUUUAUCUGUGUU